AUGUCGUCCAAAACCAGCGUAUCUGGUGGCCAACCACCGCGGCCUUCGGUGCCUAUGAAGGUGAUCGUCUGCAGUCUACCUCGAACUGGAACAUCAUCUAUGAAGUUGGCAUUGGAACAGCUUGGAAUCCAUGAUGUUUACCACAUGACGACCUACGUGGAUAGUCCCGAUGACUACAAGCUUUGGGAAGCCGCCAUCAAGGCCAAGAAAGAGGGCAAGAACCUCACGCGUGCUCAGUGGGAUCAACUGCUCAAAGAGUGCCAGGCUGUUGUUGAUGCUCCAGGGGGCUACUUCGCAGUUGAGCUUUCCGAGGUGUACCCCGAAGCCAAGGUCAUCAUUCUGAACCGUGAUCCCGAGAAGUGGUAUGUCUCCAUCUCGAACACGGUGCAGAAGGUGAUCAAGCUCCGGGCCUCAGUGGAAUAUCUGGAGUGGUUUCUGCGGCCGUGGAUGCCCACCCAGGGAUCCGCCAUCAUACGCCUGGGCAACCUGAUCGCCAAGUCGGGUGUCGGGUUGGGGUCGUACAACAAGAAGGAGACGUUGGACUUCUUCCACGGUUACUUUGCAGACUGCAGAGCCAGGAUCCCUGCCGAGCGGUACAUUGAGUUCAAGGUACAGGACGGCUGGGAUCCACUAUGCAAGCAUCUCGGUAUCCAGGCCCCAGGGGAGCAGACCAAGAAUGGUUGGGUGCAGGCUCCGUUCCCGAGAGUCAACGACACGGAUGCCUUCGGUGACCGAGUAAAAGCAGUCCAGAGCAGGGUGCUGGGACAGAUUGGGAAGAAUAUGGCAUCGCAAGCGCUGGUUCUUGUCGGUCUUGCUUCUGUCUUCGGAUACUGGAGGGGGGCGGUCGACGUGAAACCGUUCUGGUAG